UAAUUGUGUGCGCCAUGAAAAUCGGGAAGCUGGAAUUGAUGUACGGCUGGUUUUGACGGCUAAAAUGGUCGGGACUGACUCUCACGUGGCGCGCUCGCGCUUGGAGCUUUUCCUCUUCGCUUCAUAUUUUGCGGCUAGAUGUGCUUCCUUUGGAUGGUGCCAGUUUCGGAUGAUCAGAAAUUGUGGACAUGCUGCUGCGCUUGCAAUGAGUGUUGAACUCGGUACUCAGCAUUGUUUGGCUGGUGAUGAUUAUUCUGUAUUUUUGGCGGUAAUGGAGUGUGGUGAGUUGGUGCUUUUUGCGCAGACAUCAAAUACAUACCGUAACGAUUUUGAAUGUGAAAUUGAACGAAGUCAGGGAGUGUUAUGCCCGGAUAUUAACCCCAGCCUGAUUAGUAACUUGGAUAGUCUAAGAUUUGAAGAUGACAAAAUAGGUCCACCAUAUCAUCUUCGCCUCAACACUUGUAUGUGGCUGGCUUUGGACAAGGGAGAACAUCAGCUGAGGCUCGAUGUAAUUGACUUGCCGUCAGGUACGAAGCUUCAAGGGCUUAGCCAACGAGUUCAAAUGCUGACCCAA